AUGGGUCUCAAGCUCAAUAUCCUCCUUUUGCUCAUCGCGGCCUGCGUACCGCAUAUUUACACACGCUUAUCUUUGCUGUACAAUCUCGAAACGAUCAACCAUCCUUCCAAGAUCACCACUUCCAGAGGAUGGAUGGCUGAGAAAGGCAACUAUGAAAUUAAGUAUGCAGACAAGUUGAGAAACUGCGAAGACCUGGUGGUAGACGAUCAAGCCGGAUACGUGGUCAUUGGCUGCGAUGAAGGCAGAGAUGUCUGGAACACUGUUAUGGGCAUCUUCGGCAAAACACAACCCAAGAAUGGCGAACUCUACCUCUACGACUACUCCCGUUCAACCCCUUCCCUCGAAACAAUCCGCCUUCUUAACACCCCCGAGAACUACUCUUUCCACCCCUUAGGCCUUUCCCUGCAUCUCCCCACCAACACCCUUUUAGCAGUAAACCACGCAACCACCGGCAGCACUCUGGACCAAUUCCACUUUUCCCGCCACGGCAACUCCGCAACCUACAUCCGCAGUAUUUCCUCACCCUACCUCCGCGCCCCUAAUGCCGUUGUCCAAAUCUCCGCCACCGAGGUCUUGGUAACCAAUGAUCAUUUCUUCACCCCUAAGGGUUCGAAAAUUAUGAACAUGGUGGAGACGUAUCUCGGUCUUCCUCUGGGUGGCGUUACACAUGUUAAUCUCAAGACAGAAGAGGCUACGCAAGUCGCUAGAGUGGCUUUUGCCAAUGGUAUCGCGGUGGUCAAUGAGAGUACUGUUGCUGUGGCAUCUAGUGCUUCGGCCAAAGUUUUACUUUACAAUAUCGACAAAAGCAGUGCUCCGCCUACACUCAGCUACAGGGAGGCGAUUCCGUUGUCAUUCUUCCCGGAUAAUCUGCAUGUUGCUGGGGGCAAGCUGUUUAUUGCUGGUCAUGCUCAUUUGUCUUCUUUGACGAAAUUUGUCGAGCAAAGAGAGAACUGCGGCGAGGAUACUACAUCCAAGGGCUGUGAUGCUGUGGCGCCUAGUUAUGUGGUUCAGUGGACUAGAGAGAAGGGUGUGGAGGAUGUUUAUGUUGGGACUGAGAUUGUUUCGUCCAGCAGUAUUGCGCUUGAUGAGAAGAGAGGUGUUGGGUUUAUUUCUGGGUUGUAUGGAAAGGGUCUUUUGAUUUGGAAGGGAGAGGAGAAGAAGUAG